AUGCUGAACCGGAAGGGAAACGAGCAGCAGAACAGCCAGCAACAGAACAGUCAACUUGUGAAGAUGAUCCCUCAUACCUUUGUCAUUGGACAGCCUGUAGUACAGUCCACCCCACAUCCUACGGUCCCAUUCACUCCAACUUCCAGACAACAACUCAUGCCUUCUACACUUACCCAACCCGGACCCUCUACCCCCAGCCGACCCAUACCUUCCACCCCCAGCCAACCUAUAAUCCCUGCUCCUGUCCAAUCCUCAACCAUAAUAGACAGGGUGAAUGUUCAGGUAAAUGAGAAUCUUUCAGCAAAGAAACGCAAUCUCAAACCUACUGAGAAAUCACAGGCCCCCAAAGAGGUUAAGGAUGCUGCAAUUGCUAAAAAGUCAGUGGAACAGUCGCCUAAACGCAAGAAAGCCCGUACGCAAAGUCCUCCCAAAGGAAACCUGGUUGGCCAACUUUCUAACAUAAUUCUGUCCCCUCCACAAACUGCCUGGGUCCUGACGCUCAAUGGACUUGUGCCAAUCAGUGGCAUUGGCAUUCAGAUGACACCUCAGAAUCUACCAGCAAAUACUUUUGCACCUGCUUGUCCAUCACCUGUUAUUAUCAACCAGCAAGUCCCUCUAACACUAAAUGCUGUUGCAGCACAGGGCUCCUCCAAUGUGACCCAUGUCUGCCCAUCUCCCUCUGCGUCAUCCAUAGCACAGGGAACUGCCUCCCCAUCUGUUUUCUCCUCUCCCUCCACCUCCACUACCUUCAUAAGCAACACUGCUCCAAGGAUGACCAACCCAGUGAACAGCAUGAGAAUGACUAACCCAGCCCUGCAGACUGUGGCAACCACUGGUCCCCAGCUCAAUGCAGUGUCACCUGUUCUCUCUGUUCCCAUGAACAAGGUCGUCUCGGCUCCCAUUAGACCACAGACUGGCCCGCCACAGGCUUUCGUCCUCAACGUCCCUCCAGGCUCUCUUCCGGCCUCAUUCCCUCAGGGAGCCUUCCGAAUCAUGCAGCUUUACCCCCCUAAACGUGUCCCUCCACCCCGCAAGCCAGAAGUAAUACAGUUUGAUCCCAAGCUGAUGUUCAUGGAGGACCCGGCCAAAGUGAGCGAGUGGUUGAAUGGCAAGAAUGGAAUUGCGCUUCCGGAGUUGGAUGUCACUCUACCCUACCUUCCCCCCUUUGUCAGCAGCCUGAAUACUCUGUCGAGUCUCCUGAAAUGUAAAACGACAUUGGCAAUUAGUGCCAUGCCUGUCCUGCGCCCAGAGGAGAAAGAGAACCAGGAAGAGGAGCAGCAGGUAGCGGCAAUGCGGAGCCUCGUGGCAGAGCGUUUCAUCCAUAACCCGGGCUACCUCCUCCUGAAGGCUCGCUUCUUGUCUUGUUUCACCAUGCCUGCUCUUCUGGCUACUAUCAAUCCAGUCAAAUUAUCCAUGUCUCCCACCCCGGACCACAGUGAUGUGGAGGAGGAACCUUUCAGGAACCGUCCAGGGAUGCAGAACUGUACUUUGUAUGAACAGCCAACAACACUCCAGGCCCCUCUGCUAAGCACUGAUGGAACAGGAUCUCCUGCCACCUUCUUCUCCGGAAUCACCACAAGAAAUACAAGCUGUGACCAAGACAUGGAGUAAUUGGAAUAGUUUUGGAAUGUGUCAUCUUAUGGGUUAAACCAGGUUUUUGUGUUUAAAAGUUCUUGGCAAUUUUGUUGUGAUGUCACUGUCAUAGGUGUUACUGGAAAUAGAAGGUAGCUGUAU